CCCCCUGAAAGCUGACUCAGCCAAUGAGACGGUUUGUGUCUCCACAGGAAGUAAAAGCAGAGUCAGCUUGAUGUUGAGGAGAAGGUGUGUGCAGCAGAGAGGCUGUUUAGAGGAAGAACAUUGUUCAUCUGUUUUCUGUUUGGCUUCAACAUCUCCAAAGACAUGAUGUUUUACCUCUUUCUGUCUUUAUCUCACUUCAUAGCCAUGGGUUCUAUGAACAGCAUCAAGCCAGAAAGUUCUGAAGAAGUUGUACCAGAAGGAGGAAACAUCAAGCUGAGCUGUAAAUAUGAGGGGAGUAUCUACAAUAUCCAGUGGUACAAACAGCAUCAGAGAUCCAGACCAGAGUUCCUGCUCCUCAUCACAGAGGACGGAUCCAUCAGUCCAGAGAUUACUGGUUUCUCUGCUCACAUCAACAAAACAGACACACGUGUAGAUCUGGAGAUCAUCUCAGCUAAAGUGACAGACUCUGCUGUUUACUACUGUGCUGUGAGGCCCACAGUGACA